AAGAUGCAGUUGAAAAAAUAUGUGCGCAAAAUCAAUCGGACCGGAACGAGGAGAUUUUACUUAUACAAAGCUUGCAAACGCGAAUCGAGCCGAACUACGACAUCAGUCAUACCGUUAGCAGAGCAAUGGAAAGACUCAAGGAACAGGUCAAUCGAAAAGUCGAAAUCGUGGAAAACAUCUUUAUAUCGAUAAACGAUGAAAUCGGAUGUCAAAUACAGAAUGCUUCUCAAAAACUGGACGAGUUUUUGAUUACCAUAGAUAACUCGUUAUCCAGUAUACUCGAAAAUUUAAACUCGGGGGAUUUCAUGCAAUUCGAUUUCCUACGCAAAUCUUUCGGUGACGUAGAAGAUUUGAUAAACAAACGCAAUCAAAAAAUCAACGACUUCACAAACGUAACUCGAGAAUUGGAAAAAAAAAGAACUGCGUUAAUCGAGACGUGUUACAAGCAGUACAUGUCAGAGCUUUCGGGUGAAUCGUUCGAAUGGCUUUUCGAAAAAUAUUUGAAAAACUAUAACAUUAUCAAAUUGGGAAACUUCCGGACGUACGAAGAUCUCCGGUUUAAAUUAGUUCUGUUGAGCGAAAAUCUUCGACAGGAUUUUUUGCUUAGAGCGUAUGAAGUCAAGUUGAAUAUAAAAGCUAACAUCACAAAGAUUUUCAGGGAUAAGUUCAGAACUGCCGCUGAAACGAUAAUAUCGGACAACAUUUUCGUUUUUCAAACCAAGUCGAUUGAUAUUGUGAACGAAUCGAACAAACUAAUUGAUAACUUAACAUAUCAAGUGAAAAAACAAUUAAAUUUCGCCACCAUAAUUGAGGGCUCCGAAUCGUUGAAAACGUAUUCGAGAAACAUCGAUAAUACCGUUGACAGUGUGCUGUUACCGUUGGUCGACAAAGCGCCUGAAGAUAUUCAAUCGCUCUCGAUGAAAACUUUAGAAGAGCUCGACAGGAUUAUGAAGGAUUCCGGUGAAUCUCUUAGCCCGGACGAAAUUACUGCGAUCGGCGAAGAAAUGUUAAACGAAGCGGACGGCUUACUGCAGGAUAUAACGGAAACAAUCAUGGACGUCCGGUUAUUAUUGAGUGACGUUAAAGUCGCUAUACAAGUAAUUUACGAACUACUCCGCGUCUCGAUAGAUAUAAUCGACGGUCACUCGAAGCGUUUAACGGAAGCGAGGAACAUUGUCUUAGUAGCUCUCGAGACGAAUUUAAGAUUCAAUGACACGGAAUUAAACAUUUUUGUUGACAGUUUUAACGUCGCGUUCGAUUCUCUUGUGCAAGCGUCGACCGAAACCGAAGUUCUAAUGUUUGAAAAAAAAUGUAACGAUGAACUGAUAAACAUUGAAAACAGAAUACAAAUAAAUCGAGAGAGUGAAAUGUAUACCAUAUCAGGGUAUAAUGAUUUAGUGACAUCUGAAUUCGCUACAAUUAGCGCGGAUAUUCAAGAUCUUUUAAAUUCUUUACCGAAAAUCAUAAAAUCGGUUCCUGAGUUUAACUAUUUAUCUGAGUCGAAAUUCUGGAAGAAAUCCAUCGAAACGUCGAUAAUACCCUUUAAAGCUGCAGUCGACAGUUGCCAGAAAACUUUUAAUGAACGUCUGUUGAAAUUAAUUGAGGAAUUGAUAACCUCAGAUCUGCUAAGUAAUGAAUGCGCAUGGACUACAUUCUUGACGAAUGGCGUCGAGGAACGGUAUGCUGACGCAGCAAAAUGGCUCGAACAGCGUACUGUAAUAAUGAACGACGGGAUUGCGAAAAGAAGAACUGACGAAAUCGAAGAUCAUCAAAAUAUUCUUGAGCGUCAUAUAAAAGUUACACAAGAAAUGAGCGAGCAUUUACAACGUAAAACAAACGAAUUGUUGGAGGGAUUUGAUCGGCAAAGAGAUUUGAUAUCGAAAAACGUUGAACUAGUACAGUCAAACAUCGAACAAUUGCCAAUGUUGGAACUGUCCGAAAAAACUAACGCGCUCAGAGCCCUAGUAGAUUCGGUGGCUAACGAGUUGAACGAUCAGUAUAAAUCGCAUUACAAUACCGUGGAGUGGGAGUACGAAGCGAUCAGAAGUUCAACAUCGGAAUUAAUAAAGUCUAUCAAAUUGUUUCCGGAGGGCGGGAAUCAUGGGCACGAAGAAGCUAAAGUUAUUGUCGAUGCUUUGAACGAUCUGACGCGCACAAUGUCGGAGCAACAAACUGAAACCAUGAAUUUAUUAAAACGAAUAGAUUACGGAUCACUGAGCAAAACGAAAGAGUCGCUUUCCAAAUUGAUAAAUUCGGUGGAGAUCGAAUUGGAUAAAAAAAUAUUGAUACGAAAAUAUUAUGCAAUCAACCGGAUUAUGAAAGUUACCGUGAACCAAGAAAUUUUAAACUUGGAAAAAAUGAUUGACAGUCUGCACACGGAUUUGCGUCACGUCGAAGAAACGUUCGGAAAAGAUGACAUCGCGGAACUAUCCAAACGUUGGUCGCAAUUACUCGCCGAGACGCAAGCCUUCGUGGAUUAUUUUUUCGAGUCGUACCGCGAUAUCAGGGUCCUGCUCAAGUCGCAUACGAGAGAUACGAUAUGGAACUCGAAAGCGGAAAAUAUUAAAAUCACCAACGACUCGGCGAACACGUUCCUCAGGGGACAGUCGAAGUUUUACGAUUAUUGCAAAACCGAUUUCGGCAGCUCCACCGGGACCGACGUCGGUGCAAGAUUUCUGAACAACAUUCACUUGGCGAUGCGACAAUACGUAUCGGAAUCGCAAAACAACGCAGCGGACAUGGCGCUGAUCGAAUCGAACAACGUUUGGCUCACGGAACAAUCGGACAUCGCGCAGGUCUACCGCGAGAUAAUGGUAGAAACGUUGGGAAAAAUCCGGGCGACCGUUUCACAAGCCGAGUCGAUAUGGAUUUCCAAACUAUCAGAAUUCUGCGAUUUCCUGCGGGACGGUCUGCACGUGGCCGAACGGAAGUUCAAAAACGACGUGUUGUCUACGUAUCACCAGGAGUGGCUGACAGGGUUGACGCAGGAGUGCAGCUCGUUUGACGACGAAUCCCAGUCCACGCGGCAGCGAUUGAAGGCGAUCCGCGACCGGCUGCGCGAUAAGCUGAAACCGUCGCACGGACAUCCGGACAACGCGGCCAAGUUGGAAGCGUUAUUGUACGAAUUCCGUUCGGUGCGCUCCGAGUGCGAGGACACGUUGCAGGACGUCUGCGCCCGCGCAAAAAUCCGCGUCGAGAAACUCGCCAAAAACUACGAGAGCGGGCGCCCCGAAGACGUAAUGAAAGCGACCACCAUGUCCGUGAAAUGCCAUUCCGGUCUCCGGAUCCAGCUGGACAACGUAAACACGAAUUUGCCCGUUUUGUCGGUCGGUAACGAGUACGAAGCGAUCCCGAAAUCUCUAGUCGACCGAAUCACCGAGGAGCGCGCCGUCGAGAAAGCCGUGAAAAACGUUAAACGGUACACGUCGGAGACCGGAGCCGGAAUCGUCUUCUGGUCGGACAACCAGCGGUUGUGGGCCGACAACCUUCACGUUUCCGACGUCUUAUUGGACUUCUCGACGGCGCUCCAUAUGAGUCACUUCCCGUGAUGUAUUCAUAGAACAAGCAGGCUUCCGGAACAUAAGAAGUUACGAAGAACAGGUCCUCGCCUUAACUGCACUAAUUUAAGCUGGUUUCCAGAAGAAGUUAAAGACCAGCGUAGCCUUCAUUAACCUUUCUGGUGCAUAUGACACGGUCUGUAUAAGUUUGGUAAGGUGAGUAAUUGUUGUAAGUUAGUGCGAACAGGAUAUGGUUGAUGUGGUUACCUCUUACAUGAUUGAGGGUUCUAAGAUAACCCACUUUCCUACAACCACACGGGAUGCAUUUUUUCCGUUCGGUACUCUACUCGCCUGCGAUCCCUGACACGUCGUCGUCAUCGUUCCUUAACAACCACUUUGAUCGGUUAUCACCGAUCGCGAAUUCGUUUCUGAUCCAUUUUCGUCGCUCGGCAGAGGUUUCAACGCGUACCGCGUAGCAGGUUAGCACUUGUACGAGCUCACGGAGGCAAACGGUCGCCGUAACAGGUACGAUGCGUAUAUGCGCGCUUAACGAUUCACUAAUAGCGAGUAAUGUAAAUCGUGCCGGUCGCGUCCGAACGACGGUCAGGACGAUUCGUUUUUUAUGUUUAUUGUUGUGCGCGCUGUGCACAUGUAUGAGCAAGCAAUACGUGCCAUCGUUAAGGGGUGCGUAUAUUUUUAUUUUAUUCUCCCCCCCCCCCCCUCGGAGCGCCCGUCGUCGUCGGCGCAGUAAGACGAGCCGAUCCGAAAAUAGUUUCCACCCACUUGGGUCGGGUUUUUAAGGUGAUUUAUCUUCAUUUCAACAUCAAACAUCCCUCCACAAUCAAUUUACCCCCGACGUCGCGCUAUGUUAACAAAUCACCGCCUCCAUAUAUACACACACGGCCGGCGCGUCGCGCGCACAGAGGGUUCGGAGAGCCCUUCGAUCAUAGUUAAUGCUGUAAGCUUUGUUUUUGUAUGACCCGACCCCGGCGGUGAAAAUCGAAAGUCCUGCAAACCGAAUUUGACAACACCCAUUAUUCGGUGACAUCUCCCGGUCCUCCAUCCCCCCCCGUCAUUCGUUUUCCCGCUUUCCCGUUCUCGUUUUGUCUCCGGAAAAAUAAAUAAGUACAUUGCGAUACCCGCCCGACACGUGAUGUUAGUGCGCGCACAACAUACCUUCGGAUAACGUGAUCGAUACUACUUUAAACUGCAUAUUGAGUUCCAUUGUUUUAUAUAUAAGAGAUAUCGUACGACGAAAUAACGGGCGAGAACAUUAUUUGAUUGAUAGUGUACCGUGAAAAAUGACCUAAGAAGGAAGACAAAUUAUAUCUUCGUAGGUCCGAGGUUUUUUCACGAAAACAAUAAUAUACAUAUGUACGUGGGGACGGAUUUUAAUUUCAAUAAAUCU